CGUGCUGAUGUCACUGAGUCUGAUCUGAGAUCAGCGGGAAACUCCGUCGGUCUGAUGCUGUAAACAAACACUGAGGCUCUGUUUACUCGGGCGACAUCUAUGAAAUCUAAAGUAUGGAAAUAAGGCUCCCGAUUUCCACACACAGUUAUGUUUCCUUGUGUGUGUUUGUGGUGUUUAUUAUCGCGGGCGUGCCGGCGAUAGACGUGUUCACUCCCGCCGAGGUGUUUGUGGAGAACGGGACCACGGCGACUCUGAGCUGCAGCUUCAAGUCGAAGGAGGUGGUGGGCAGUGCGGCUUCGGUGACGUGGUACUUCCUGGCGGAGGGGGACACGGGACAGCCCACCUCGAUCUUCUAUCACGCCGGUGGGAGGCCGUUUCCGGGCUCGCUCCCGCAGUUUAAGUCCCGUGUGGAAUGGGCCGGAGACAUGAACAAGAAGGACGCGUCGAUCCGCGUGAUCCAGAUGCAGUUCAAGGACAACGGCACCUUCAGCUGCGACGUGAAGAACCCGCCGGACAUCACCGGGCAGAUGUCCGUCACUAAAGUCAGAGUCGUCAUGAGAGAGGCUCUUCCUCACACCAGCGCUGCGGUGAUCGUGGGCGGUGUGAUCGGCGCCGUGAUCGGCAUCAUCAUCAUCUCUGUGGUCACGUACCUCAUCAUCCGCCGGCAGGAGCCCACUCACGACUACGAAGGCUGCACCUCGUUAGAGAGUGUGAGCUCACAGAACACUCGGGUGGGGAAGAAGGCGGAGUCGAGUAACGACAAUUCACGCUGCUCCAGCCCCUCCGCCCCCGUACAGGGGCCGGUGAUCUACGCUCAGCUCGAUCACUCCGGCAGCAAGAACUCCUCCAUCCACAAGAUGGAGCCGGUGGUGUACGCCGACAUCAGGAAGAACUAGAGCUGGACUGAUGAUCCCUGACGAGACUCGCUCUUCUGUCUGUGUGUGUGUGUGUGUGUCUGUCUGUGUGUCUGUGUGUGUGUGUGUGUGUGUGUGUGAUGGGUAGGUUUAGGGAUCGUGUUUGUGUAGUGGAAUAGAAAUACAGUUUGGACCGUAAAAAAAACAUUACGCCUAUGGAGGUCCUCACAAGUAUAGUUAAACAAAUGUGUGUGUGUGUGUGUGUGUGUGAGUUUCUACAGUUAAAUAACGCAGCUGAGAGGAUGUCGAUGCUGAAUCUCACCACAAAACCAAACUGAUCAGAUUUUACAUUGAGAAAAUGCAGUUCUGUUACAUUCCACACACUCGUCCGUACAGUACGGCUUUACUUUAUUAUCUUACAAAUGACUGUCAUGCUGUGUUUAUUCAAAACAUAUAAAUCAACAUAAACACUAACUCAUCUUAAAUAAUGAUCCAUUCCAAACACUAAUGAAUAAUGCUUUUUGCAUAAUGACCCAUGAGAGGUCUGGGGGACAUGCGCUUAUUUUACAUUUGUUCAGUUAUUUUUCAUUUAUCCUUUUUUUCACAUCUCACCACAAAAUCAGUCAAACAAAGAAAUGAUCAUUUUCAUAGAGAAAACAGAGCCUUUCUUUAGGAACAUAUUUUUUUUUAUGAUAUUAAAAAUACUACAGUAAAAGUUUUAUUUCUAAAUGCCAUGAUGUGCCAUGAUAUUUUGUACAAUGAUCAAAACAGUAAUAUGUUUUGUAAAUUUAUUAUUGAUUUUAAUUUUUUUAUUUUUUGUGCAUGCAUCCAUCUCGCAUUCCACCAGAGAAUCAAACAAGCAUCAUAUCAUGUGUGUCGAGAAAAGAUUUGUUUUUGUGACUGAAUUACAUUAAAAUAUUAGUGUAGUAGUUUUAUUUUUUUAUAAACUAUGGUAUGUUAUUGUUGCAGUUUGUAAUAAUGUUUCCAAAGACUGAUUAAGAUGGUUUGGUUGUGUGGUGUGAUUGACAGCUGCGUGUGCAUGUGACGGACAUCAGGGAGCAUGAUGGGUAAUGGCCUCAUAAACACUCCAGAAGCUGAGCAUGUGUGAACGGACGGUUCUAGAGUUAGUGUAGAAAUGCCUUCAGUGUUAGUUUAGUGUGUGUAAAGCAUCUCAAACACUCCGCACUCAUUCCACUUUUAUGUCUUAAAACUCGUAAACUCCUUCCAUGGACAUUUGAUGUGUCGUAACUUAAGUCUUGUUUUAUUUGUGAAAGUUCUGACACUUUUGAACGCUUUUGAGUGUAACCAGGAUCAGGACCAUUCCUUUCGCUCCUGAUGCUGGACUCGUUUUGUUGGAUGUUUUUGCAUAGAUGAUUAUUUUUGUUAUUGGAGAUGAACAUUCCUGCGCUCGCGGCGGCGCGCUCAUGUGAACUGGAACACCGGGGGAGAGUGCCUUCACCAACUAACUUUCUCACUUCCUGCUUUUAUAUGAAAACAGCUGUAUCUGUUUAAUUUUAUACAUGCAUAUAUAUAUAAAUAUAUCAAACUGAACGAA